AUGACGACCACCACCACUGGCUCCGAUCUCUGCUUACCCUCUUCUCCGUCUCUUCACGAAGAGAAAGCUCGCCGCAAGAAGCGUUCGAAACCGAUUAGGAUCGAUGGAAUGAUGGAGCUGAGUUCGAGCGGCGUGGUUUCGAAGCCGAAACACGCGAAGAAACCAGACCCAAGUGCUCCCAAGAUCACGCGGCCCUGCAGCGAGUGCGGCAAGAAGUUCUGGUCGUGGAAGGCCUUGUUCGGGCACAUGCGGUGCCACCCGGAACGACAGUGGCGUGGGAUUAAUCCCCCGCCGAAUCUGCGCAGACCCGUAGCGCUAGCGCUUAGUAGUUUCGAUGGUCUGGUGAUGAUGAGUCAAGAGGAUCACGAAGUUGCAGCGUGUUUGUUGAUGAUGGCCAAUGGGGGCAAUGAGAAUGAGGGUAAGAGCAAGAGUGUUGCUGACAGUUAUCAUCAAGAGAUUCCAGAUUCAGAAGGUUUAUUUCGAGAGGAGGCGGCUGAGGAGGCGAGUUUCAGGUUUGAGUGUUCGAGUUGUAAGAAGGUGUUUGGGUCGCACCAGGCUUUAGGAGGGCACAGGGCCAGCCACAAGAAUGUGAAAGGGUGCUUCGCUAUAACGAGGAGUGAUGGUGAUCAGGUUGAGGAUCACAGCGGUGCUGAUGAGAGGGAUAGCGUGGAGGACAAGGUGUUGAUGGUUUUGGGAUCAGGGCAUAAAUGCAGUAUUUGUUUGAGGGUGUUUUCUAGUGGGCAAGCUUUGGGUGGGCAUAAGAGGUGCCACUGGGAGAAAGGGGAUGACCCAUCAAUGCUAAGCCAUCAAGGGCUCAGCCAUUGUGGAACAAAGGAGGGUUUUGGGCUGGACUUGAAUAUGCCUGCCCCAGUGGAAGAUGGCUCCUCCUCUUCUAAUUUUUCUUCAGAAUUGACUUUGGAUUUAAGGUUGGGACUAUAA